UUAUCUAUCCAUUUGACAGUUGACAAGUGAAGCGACAUGAAUCAUGAAAUCCAUGCAAUAAUUUAACAAACUUCUACUACAUGAUCGCCCUUUAAUCGUGAUGGCUACUCUUACUGCGAGAAGAAAGCGUGUUUUUGAUUCGGUAUUCAAAAAGCCCGAGAUUUCAGAACCAACCCCGGCCGCGAGCCCAACAGAUAGCUUCAUAACUCCAAGCCAACCAUUCGAAAGACCAGAUGGUUUCAAUAAUGAACCAAAAAGAACUUCUUCAUCAAAUACGACCAGCUCGCAAGAGCUUAGUGGACCUAUUGGAGAUCAAUCUGUAGACCAAGUUCGUGAUCAAAUCCAGUGGGAUAGAUCUUGGCAUACCGUUACUUAUCGUCUCCAACUUUCGGAUGUACCACCAGAUCCAAGUUCUAUCGAGGCUCUUGAAUCCCCAUCUUUACCGCCUGAUCCAUCCUUUGAUGUUGCUUUAAAGGAUGUCCUGGAUUCUGCUAGGCGCUUGCCGUUUGCCAUGCAUACGGAAGAUCUUCUUGUUUGGCACACCCAGCAAGUCCGUAGACAUCUUCUCCAUCAAAUCUUGCCGAUAUUGCAAGGAUGCACUGAUGCUGAAGGCCCCGAGUCAUUGGUUUUUGGCAGUGUAAGGAUAUUAGAUUAUGCUCAUCGUAGAUACUUGCAUGGGCUGUCGAUCAUUCUCAAACAAGUUGAUCUUUUGACUCCCGGGCUCUCGCGGAUAGUGCUCGAGAAAUUUCGACGGGAUCUACAUGCUAUUCUUAGCAAUUCACUUACAGUUCAGCUUGUCACUGCAAUAAAGACAGUUCUCGAAAAUUAUGUUUCUUCUAUCCUUGGGCUGCAGGGCGGAGAAGGGUCUGGUAUUGCACCUAUUGGUGCGAGGACAGAUGAAGUUUGCAAGGAGAUGCUCAACCUCGUCGAAUCGUUGCAUAAAGUUGGCCUGGCAGGGGAGAAUUUCCAGGUGAUCUUCGCCGAAAUCAUGAAUCAGUCCAUGACUAAAUAUGUCAAUCGAGGUUGUAGGGGACUGUGGUCUUCCAACGAAAUAAACAUGACUCCCGAAGAUGGUGAUAGAAGAAACUCUGUACUUCCACGAACGGCACAUCACGUAUCACCGUCCAACUGCGUAACAGACCUUUGCAGCUGGAUUGAAGAUCGAUAUUCUAAACUUGCAGUUUUGGUCUUCAAAGUUAUAGACAAUGUUGAAGUGGCUUGGAGCGACAUGGAAAAAUGGAAGGAAAUGAGCAUUGGUCGUCUUGCAGCACUCAGGACGGAUGAGCUGUUUGAUAUCGUCGUCAAUUGGCCAAACAGCAAUGGAGCAUUGCACGACCUCCGAACAACUAUAACCACACCUCAAAGACGUUUGCAUUUGACAGAAGUUUUCGCAGCCACUUUGAAAGAGAGGCUGCUGCACCCUGGGGCUUCUACGUUACUGAUCUUGCAAACAUACAUCUCAAUGAUAUGGUCAUUCCACUCGCUUGACCACUCGAAGGUACUCUUAGAUCGUGUAGCAUAUCCAUUACAGGUAUACCUGUGCUCACGAGAAGAUACAGUCCGAAUAAUUAUCACAGGACUGCUCUCGGACACCGUAGAUGCGCAAGGAAAUCCCAUAGAACCUGGUGGGGAUAGACUCAUUGAGCUGGCCCACUUACUAAAUGAAGAUUCAGAGCAGUCGGGACGAAAGAUUGACGAUGAAGAAUUAGACUGGCAUGAUAUGGAAUGGGCACCUGAUCCUGUAGAUGCGGGACCAGGAUACAAGAGGUCUAAAAAUGCCGAUAUCAUCGGGACAUUGAUUGGCUUUUUCGGAUCUCAAGAUGUUUUUAUCAAAGAAUUUCAGAAUAUCAUUAGUGAAAAUCUUCUGAAGAAUGACGGGGCUUUCGAAAAAGAGGUAUGUAUUUACUCGAUUCCCAUUCUCAAACAAAUGGUUCUCAUGCCGCUUCAGAUCAAAGUCCUCGAACUACUCAAAUCCCGCUUUGGGGAAUCUCCACUACAAAGUUGCGAAGUAAUGCUAAAAGAUAUUCUCGAUUCCGUGCGGCUUGACCUCGCUAUCCACAAAACUCAAGAGCUCAGUCUUGCAGAAAGGAAAGCCACGCCUCCCCCGCCAAGUCAACCAAUUCUGCAUACCAAAAUUCUUUCCCGUCUCUUCUGGCCUCCUCUUCAAGAAGCCUCCUUCACUCUCCCUGCCCAAAUUACUAAUCUUCAAUCCCACUACUCCACGGCCUUUUCCUCUCUCAAACCCGCCAGAAAACUCACUUGGCUCCCUGCGCUUGGUCAUACAACCGUCGAACUCGAACUGGCUGAUCGUACCGUGGUAGAAGAAUGUACGACUUGGCAAGCCACUGUAAUUUCCUGUUUCCACAGUGAAACAAGCGGCAUCGACGCAGAUGAAAAAGUUGACUUGAGCAAAAGCAUCGAAGAAUUAACCUCAGAACUACAAAUGGAAUCUACUUUAAUCCUUUCCGCUCUUAAAUUUUGGGUUUCCAAGCUCGUUCUUCAUGAGUUCCCCCCCAACUCCCAAAUUUAUUCCGUUCUCGAAACUUUGAAUGCAUCAGAGCGUGCGCGUUCCGAUGCUCUUGCCUCGGCGACAGCCAAUGCUGAUAAUAACGAUGAUGAAGGAGAAGGGGAAAAGGGGGAAAAGGGUAUUACGGGUGAACAUGCAAAGGUUUAUUGGCAGUUUGUCCAGAGUAUGUUGACGAAUAGCUCGAGUCAGAUGGGAGCGCCGCAGAUUGCUAUGAUGCUAAAAAUGUUGAUCGCAGAGGGCUUUCCGUAUAGCAAUGAGGAGUUGCUAGAGUGGUUGGGUGGGAAGGUAGAGGAGGGGGCGUUGGAGUGUGCAGGGGGUCGGUAUAGGUUGAGGAAGUAAAGGGUGGUGAAGUGAGCGUCCUUUGCGAAACACAGUAACGCGUCGAUCAUCGCGUCUAAUUUCAGCAAUACUAUAUCUGCCUGAACAUUUUAAUUUCAAAAACAUCAAUAAACUCCAGUUGCGAUCACCCUUGAGCGCAGUGAUAUAAAGUUCUGAUUCUCGCAUAUCUA